AUGACGGUGGAGGUGAAGCUUGGUGUACGCGCUAAGUUCGGUGGAUUAGUCGCUAUGUUUUGGAUUACGCUUAGUAGGAGGAAUGUCCCAGAGACAGAAAUCGAAGAGAAAACAGGACAGAACGGUCCUGGUGUAACUAGUCUUGUAAAAGACAUAUCGGUUCAAGGAGCGCCACGUCCCAAAUUAUCAGAGGACUCGCGUACCGUUAAAAAUUAUCUGGACAGGGGUAAGGUUGGGUUCUAUAAACGUCAUAUCUGUGGCGUGGAUCCGCUGAAUCGAUUCUCCUUUUGCCAUACAUUCAUUGUUAUGUCGUCAGACCUCGGUUCUGAACCUAAUCAUUCAUACGGCCUGGAUGAGUUGUUUCGUAAACAACAAAAUCAGUAA